AUGCGCAUCCCUACAAGUACAUUAAUUACCGCCAUGUUGGCGAUGUCAUGCGCUACACCUUCUCUUUGUUCGCCUAUCGCCGAUCCACGGAUUCUGAUACCACAAGUCAUCCGUGGGGAAGCCAGGAGGGAUGUUGCGUCUUCGAGACAGCCAUUGAUAGAUCUGCACGUUCUGGAGAAACGGGGUCUCUUCGGCCUGCUCGGCGGAAUCGUUAGCAUAAUCCCCAUCGUUGGCCCUCUUCUUGGGGGCGCUCUGCAGAGUAUAGACACGGCCAUCACCAGUUCCAUCAAUGAACUCAAAGCUAAAAAAUCGGCAUCGGCAAGCCAAGUUGCGCCCACGCCCACGACUCUCGCCAUCGUUGCAACAGCUCAAGCGACCUACGUUCAUGUUCCUUCUUUUAGGAAACAGGCUGCGAUUACCACCCAAGUUAUCGCUGGCCCCGUAGCUCCCACUUUGAUCGCAUCGACUUCGUGCACAGACGAGACGACGGUGACGCCGACUUACUAUUCCACGACUUCGUGCACGGACUCUACGACGGCUGCGCCUACUUAUGUUGCAUCGUCUACCACCUCUUGCGAUGAGACAUCCGCUGUCUUCACCACUUCGCCUAUUCCACAGACAACCCGAGCGCCAGUCGUCACCCAGGUCAUUGUACCUACGCCUAUUCGUUCCACCUCGCCCAUAGCCAAGGAGUCUGACUGCGACACAUAG